CCCUUCCAUCUCUCCAGUAGCUCACUCACUAAAAAAACACUUCUUCUUUAGCUUCCUUCCCUGCUAAGUAGCUUCCACUUUUUAGUCUCUCUCUUUCUCUCUAACUUUCUCGCUCUAAACUUUUCCAUUUUCUCUAUCUUAGGGUUUCUUAUAUGCUAGAUUCAUAGUUAUUGCUCACUUCUCUUAAAUCUUCUGGGAAGGAGAGAGAUGGCGUCGACGUCGAGAGGAGGAGGAGGAGGAAUGGGGAUGGAUCAGGCGGCGGCGGGGGUAGGGACUGGAGCCACACCACCGCCGACGCAACGGAGGAUAACGAGGACGCAGACUGCGGGGAAUCUGGGAGAGUCGGUAUUUGAUAGCGAAAUAGUGCCUUCUUCGCUUUUUGAGAUAGCGCCGAUUCUUCGUGUUGCAAAUGAAGUUGAAACUAGCAAUCCUAGAGUUGCUUAUCUUUGUCGAUUUUAUGCCUUUGAGAAGGCUCAUAGGUUGGAUCCUACUUCGAGUGGACGAGGUGUUCGUCAAUUUAAAACCGCGCUUCUUCAGCGUUUGGAAAGGGAGAAUGAUCCAACCUUGAUGGGAAGGGUUAAAAAAAGUGAUGCACGAGAAAUGCAGGGUUUUUAUCAGCAUUACUACAAAAAAUACAUCCAAGCAUUGCACAAUGCUGCUGAUAAAGCUGACCGCGCCCAGCUUACCAAGGCUUAUCAGACUGCCAAUGUGCUCUUUGAGGUUUUAAAGGCCGUUAAUAUGACACAAUCCAUUGAAGUUGAUCGCGAGAUUUUAGAAGCUCAAAAUAAAGUUGCAGAAAAAACUCAGAUCUAUCUCCCUUACAAUAUUCUGCCACUUGAUCCAGAUAGUGCAGAUCAAGCGAUUAUGAGAUAUCCUGAAAUCCAAGCUGCUGUUUUGGCUCUGCGUAACACAAGGGGUCUUCCAUGGCCCAAGGACUACAAGAAGAUAACGGACCAAGAUGUUUUGGAUUGGCUUCAAGCAAUGUUCGGGUUUCAGAAGGAUAAUGUGGCAAAUCAAAGAGAGCACUUAAUCUUAUUACUUGCUAACGUGCACAUGCGACAAUUUGUCAACCCAGAUCAACAACCGAAGUUGGAUGAGCGUGCAUUGACUGAAGUGAUGAAGAAACUUUUUAAGAACUACAAAAAAUGGUGCAAGUACUUGGACAGAAAAAGUAGCCUUUGGUUACCGACCAUACAGCAGGAGGUGCAGCAGCGUAAAUUAUUGUACAUGGGUUUGUAUCUUUUGAUAUGGGGGGAAGCUGCGAACCUCAGAUUCAUGCCGGAAUGCCUUUGCUAUAUCUAUCAUCAUAUGGCAUUUGAGUUAUAUGGCAUGCUAGCUGGAAAUGUCAGUCCUAUGACUGGAGAAAAUGUAAAGCCAGCCUAUGGAGGUGAAGAAGAGGCUUUCUUGAGGAAAGUUGUUACUCCUAUAUACAAUGUGAUUGCAAAGGAAGCUGAAAGGAGUAAAAAAGGGAAGUCAAAGCAUUCUCAAUGGAGGAACUACGAUGAUAUAAAUGAGUACUUCUGGUCAGUUGAUUGUUUCCGCUUAGGCUGGCCAAUGCGUGCAGAUGCUGAUUUCUUUUGCCUGUCUUCUGAACAACCCCGUUCUGUACAAAAUGGGGAUGAUAAACCAGCCUAUAGAGAUCGACGGGUAGGAAAAGUUAAUUUCGUGGAGAUACGAACAUUCUGGCAUGUCUUUAGAAGCUUUGAUCGAAUGUGGAGUUUUUUUAUUCUGUGCUUACAGGCUAUGAUUAUUGUUGCUUGGAAUGGUUCGGGCAAACUGAGUGCUAUCUUUAGUGGUGAUGUAUUUAAGAAAGUAUUGAGUGUCUUCAUCACUGCUGCCAUAUUAAAGCUUGGGCAAGCUAUCCUUGAUGUCAUCCUUAGUUGGAAAGCACGGCAGAUAAUGUCAUUCCAUGUCAAGUUGAGAUAUAUUUUGAAGGUUGUUUCAGCUGCUGCAUGGGUGGUUGUUUUACCAGUAACUUAUGCUUACACUUGGAAGGAGAAUCCCCCAGGAUUUGCUCAAACCAUCAAAGGUUGGUUUGGCAACAGUUCAAGCUCGUCUUCCUUGUUUGUAUUGGCUAUAGUUAUCUACUUGGCACCAAAUAUGCUGGCAGCAUUAUUGUUUCUUUUUCCCUUCAUACGUCGAUUCCUUGAGAGGUCCGACUAUAGGAUUGUGAUGUUUAUGAUGUGGUGGUCGCAGCCUCGGCUCUAUGUUGGGAGGGGAAUGCAUGAGAGUACAAUUUCUCUCUUCAAGUAUACAAUGUUUUGGGUUCUUCUUAUAGUAACAAAGUUGGCAUUUAGUUAUUACAUAGAGAUUAAGCCUUUAGUUGAUCCAACAAAAGCCAUAAUGGAUGUCCAUAUAACGGCUUUCCAAUGGCAUGAAUUCUUUCCACAAGCAAAGAACAAUAUUGGUGUGGUGAUUGCGCUCUGGGCUCCAAUCAUUCUUGUGUAUUUUAUGGAUGCCCAGAUUUGGUAUGCAAUAUUUUCCACAUUAUUUGGAGGAAUUUAUGGUGCAUUUCGACGUCUUGGAGAGAUUCGAACAUUGGGAAUGCUUAGAUCUCGUUUCCAAUCAUUACCUGGUGCUUUCAAUGCCUGUUUAAUUCCAGACGAAAAGAGUGAGCGAAAGAAGAAAAGCUUGAAGGCAAGGUUUUCUCGCAAUUUUAAUGAGAACCCCCCCAACAAAGAUACAGAGGCACCAAGGUUUGCACAGCUUUGGAAUAAAAUCAUCAGUAGUUUUAGAGAGGAAGAUCUUAUAAGCAAUAGGGAAAUGGAUUUGUUGCUUGUUCCAUAUUGGGCUGACCGUGAUUUGGGUGUUUUGGGCCUUACACAAUGGCCUCCAUUUUUGCUCGCUAGCAAGAUCCCAAUAGCAUUAGACAUGGCUAAGGACAGUAAUGGUAAGGAUAAAGAGCUGAAAAAGAGAAUCGAGGCUGACAACUACAUGUCUUGUGCUGUUUGUGAAUGCUAUGCUUCUUUUAAGAACAUCAUCAAGUUUUUGGUUCAAGGGAUACCUGAGACAAAGGUGAUUGAUUCCAUAUUUGUUGAGGUUGAGAAGCACAUAAAGCAAGGUGAUCUGAUAAGUGAAUACAAAAUGAGUGCUCUUCCUUUACUAUACGAUCACCUUGUGAAGCUUAUCCAAUGCUUGGUGGAUAAUAGGCCAGAGGACAGGGAUCAAGUUGUGAUUCUCUUCCAGGACAUGCUGGAGGUUGUGACAAGAGACAUAAUGGAGGAUCAAAUAUCCAGCCUGGUGGACUCUAUCCCUGAUGGAUCUGGAUAUGAGGGAAUGACACCCCUUGAACAACAAUAUCAGUUAUUUGCAUCUGCUGGAGCUAUCAAGUUUCCAAUUGAGCCAGAAACAGAAGCAUGGAAAGAGAAGAUCAAGAGGCUUUUUCUUUUGCUUACCACAAAAGAAUCUGCUAUGGAUGUACCAUCCAACUUAGAAGCUAGGAGGCGUAUUUCUUUCUUCUCAAACUCAUUGUUUAUGGACAUGCCUGCGGCACCUAAAGUUCGCAAUAUGCUUUCUUUCUCUGUUUUAACUCCUUACUAUACAGAGGAGGUACUUUUCUCCUUGCAUGAUUUGGAAGUGCCAAAUGAAGAUGGUGUUUCCAUCCUCUUUUACUUGCAAAAGAUCUUUCCAGAUGAGUGGAACCACUUUCUUGAACGAGUGAACUGCACUGGUGAAGAAGAACUUAAAGAAAGAGAUGACUUGGAAGAACUUCGAUUAUGGGCAUCAUAUAGGGGCCAGACUUUGACUAGAACAGUGAGAGGUAUGAUGUACUAUCGGCAUGCUCUGGAGCUUCAGGCAUUCCUUGAUAUAGCCAAACAUGAAGAUUUGAUGGAGGGAUAUAAGGCAAUUGAAUUAAAUACUGAAGAUCAGUCAAAGGGGGGAAGCUCACUGUUGGCAGAGUGUCAAGCAGUAGCUGAUAUGAAAUUUACAUAUGUAGUAUCAUGCCAGCAAUAUGGGAUUCACAAGCGUUCUGGUGAUCCUCGUGCACAGGAUAUUCUGAGGCUCAUGACAACAUAUCCGUCUCUCCGUGUGGCAUACAUUGAUGAGGUUGAAGAAACUAAUCCAGACAAAUCCAAGAAGGUCAUCCAAAAAGUUUACUAUUCAUCUCUAGUGAAAGCUGCCUUGCCCAAGUCCAUUGAUUCUUCUGAGCCAGUGCAAAACUUGGACCAGGUCAUUUACCGGAUAAAACUUCCAGGACCAGCUAUCUUGGGUGAAGGAAAACCUGAAAACCAGAACCAUGCUAUUAUCUUUACACGUGGAGAAGGCUUGCAAACAAUAGAUAUGAACCAGGAUAACUACAUGGAAGAAGCCUUAAAAAUGAGGAAUUUGCUGCAAGAAUUUCUUAAAAAGCCUGAUGGUGUGAGGCAUCCUUCGAUACUUGGACUUAGAGAGCAUAUAUUUACUGGAAGUGUGUCAUCUCUUGCUUGGUUUAUGUCAAAUCAGGAAACCAGUUUUGUGACUAUUGGUCAGAGGCUACUGGCCAACCCUCUGAAGGUGCGGUUCCACUAUGGUCAUCCAGAUGUAUUUGAUAGGCUUUUCCAUCUCACUAGAGGGGGUGUUAGUAAAGCAUCUAAGGUUAUCAAUCUGAGUGAAGAUAUAUUUGCUGGCUUCAAUUCCACACUACGUGAAGGGAAUGUUACCCAUCAUGAAUAUAUACAAGUUGGGAAGGGGAGAGAUGUGGGCCUUAAUCAAAUUUCCAUGUUCGAGGCCAAAAUAGCUAAUGGCAAUGGAGAGCAGACUCUGAGUCGUGAUAUCUACCGGCUUGGACACCGUUUUGACUUCUUCCGAAUGUUGUCUUGCUAUUUCACCACAGUUGGUUUCUACUUCAGUACUCUGAUUACAGUGCUCACAGUGUAUGUAUUCCUUUACGGCCGCCUAUACCUUGUUCUCAGUGGGCUUGAAGAAGGUUUGAGUACUCAGAAAGCAAUUCGAGACAACAAACCUCUUCAAGUGGCUCUUGCUUCUCAAUCUUUUGUUCAAAUAGGAUUUUUGAUGGCAUUGCCUAUGCUGAUGGAAAUUGGCUUGGAAAGGGGUUUCCGCACUGCACUAAGUGAAUUUUUAUUGAUGCAAUUACAACUAGCACCUGUAUUUUUCACAUUUUCUCUUGGCACAAAGACCCACUACUAUGGAAGGACAUUGCUGCAUGGUGGGGCAAAAUAUAGGUCCACUGGUAGAGGUUUUGUGGUCUUCCAUGCCAAAUUUGCUGACAACUAUAGGCUUUAUUCCCGCAGUCACUUUGUCAAGGGUAUUGAGAUGAUGAUUUUGCUUGUUGUUUAUCAAAUAUUUGGUCAGCCAUACAGAAGUGCAGUCGCCUAUGUCCUAAUAACUAUAUCUAUGUGGUUUAUGGUUGGUACCUGGCUUUUUGCUCCAUUCCUCUUCAAUCCUUCUGGUUUUGAGUGGCAGAAGAUUGUUGAUGAUUGGUCUGAUUGGAACAAGUGGAUAAGUAACCGUGGAGGAAUAGGUGUCCCACCAGAAAAGAGUUGGGAAUCAUGGUGGGAAGAAGAACAGGAGCAUCUUCAUCACUCGGGAAAGCGUGGUAUUCUAGCGGAGAUACUGUUAUCUCUACGAUUCUUUAUCUAUCAAUAUGGUCUAGUAUAUCAUUUAACGAUUACAAAGAAGAUGAAAGACAGAAGUUUUUUGAUCUAUGGGAUAUCAUGGCUGGUGAUCUUUCUAAUAUUGUUUGUGAUGAAGACUGUAUCUGUUGGGCGACGAAAGUUCAGUGCUAACUUCCAGCUUGUGUUUCGUCUAAUCAAGGGAAUGAUAUUCCUAACUUUUGUGUCCAUUCUUGUCACUUUGAUUGCACUGCCUCAUAUGACGGUGCAGGAUGUCAUUGUAUGCAUUCUCGCUUUCAUGCCAACCGGUUGGGGAAUGCUCUUGAUUGCUCAAGCUUGUAAACCUGUUGUUCAACGAGCCGGGUUUUGGGGAUCAGUUCGGACACUUGCACGUGGGUAUGAAAUCGUUAUGGGCUUGCUCCUGUUCACUCCAGUUGCAUUCCUCGCCUGGUUCCCUUUUGUGUCUGAAUUCCAGACUCGUAUGCUGUUCAACCAAGCAUUCAGUAGAGGUCUGCAAAUUUCUCGCAUUCUUGGCGGCCAUGGGAAGGGUCGCUCUUCAAGGAACAAGGAGUAAGGAGUAAUCUCAGUACCAAUUCAACACUAGUGUGUGUAUCUAUUCUGUCAGUCACACUAGCCUGCCUUAGAAAAUUCUGUUCAUAUCUAUUCUAACCUUGUAAUUAUGGAAGAGCCAGGAAUAAUAGCUGUUGAGUUCUUAGCAUUUUUAUUAAACAAUAAAGAGUUGUUUAAAAAAUUAUUAUUUAAA